CACUUUCUUCCACAUGUUUUCACCCCUGCGUAGUGUGGGGUGAAAUAAAAACAAGAGUUUAUGUAGCUUUCCCUGUGAAACUCUUCUACAAAGGUCUGAUUUGUGGAGUGCGGGACUAAUCAUGAAUCUCUGUAGAGCUUCCAAAAUUGCCAGUGACCUCCUUGGUCAGUUCAUAUGGACUUUCAUGUCUUUGUGGGCUUAGCAGAACAUUUGCACUUCAUUUACUGAACAAUUAAUAUGUAAUAUAACGGUGUCUGCUGUGUUCCUUGGUCUUCAUGAUGAUGUUUGAUCUCUAGUGUUCUUGAGCAAACCCUAGAGGCCUUCACAGAACAUCAAGCUUUAUAUUGACAUUAAAUUACAGAAACUUCUAAAAAUGGAUUUCAUGAAGGGAUAUUAAAGUACACCACACAGAUGUGUAUUUGUGAAAAGUUUUAAAAUGCUGCUUAUUUUUUUUUUCUUUCACUUCACUACUUUGUGUUGUAACCCUGACAAAAAUACCCAGUCUUCUGUAAGUUACUUGACACAAUGUGGAAAAGUUAAAUAGGCGUUGACGCUUUGGUGAGCUAGGGUAAAUCUCUCAUGUUUUGAUAACAAAACUGACUUUUGAAAUUAUACAGAGUGGAUCUGCAGUGUUUUUGAGAAAAUGGAGGAGUUAGGACCCAGGGACGGCUUCUAGGGGGACAGUGGCGUGUGUGUCUGAUGGCAAACGAGGAAAAAACUUCAGCAUGCACCAUUACACAAAACAAUGUGUGACAGUCAGUGCCAUACACAGCACAGGGCAGGACAGAGGGUUAUCAGAGGAGGAGUGAGGAAAGAGGAGAAUAAUUUCCCACCAAAACCGUCAUGGAAUUGUAUUUUUUAUAUUUUUCUUUGUGAUAUAAAUUGUAACGCAGUUCUAGUACAUGUCUGUGGAAAAGCCAAACUUUAGAAAGUUAAAUUUUUUUUCAAAACUGAGAUGGAUAUGUGAUUUAUAUACUUUUGAUUAAAAAAAAGUUAGAUAAAGCAUCAAUUUUGUUUACUUUUGCAAAAAGCCUUGAACUCAAAGCAUCUGGUUUAAACAACAAACUGAGAGUGAACCAGGGAUAGUUCACCCAUGAGAUUAACGGAGCUGAAAAUGGAGGAGGAAAUCAAUAAAUGAUGGCGGACAUGACGGGGUCCAUGAUCGCCUCUGUUACCGAUCCUUCUGUCGCAAACUCCACCAAUCCCACUGUCCCCGCCGAUGUUGGCGUCGUCACCAGCUCCCAGUCACAGAUCAAAGAUCUUUUCGGGUUGUUCUGCAUGGUGACGCUUAACCUCAUCGCCCUGCUGGCCAACACUGGUGUGAUGGUGGCCAUAGCUCGCGCUCCUCACCUGAAAAAGUUUGCGUUUGUGUGUCACCUGUGUGCAGUAGACCUUCUGUGCGCCAUCCUCCUGAUGCCUUUGGGAAUCAUUUCCAGCUCUCCGUUCUUCGGCACGGUGGUGUUCACUGUUCUGGAGUGCCAGGUUUACAUCUUCCUCAAUGUUUUCCUCAUUUGUCUUUCCAUCCUCACCAUCACUGCCAUCAGCUUGGAGCGUUACUUCUACAUUGUGCACCCGAUGCGUUACGAAGUCAAGAUGACCAUCAACCUUGCUAUUGGUGUGAUGGUGCUAAUCUGGGUUAAAUCGCUCGUCUUGGCUCUGGUCACGCUGUUUGGAUGGCCGGCUUAUGGACCUCAGAGCUCCAUUGCAGCAGCUCACUGCUCUCUUCAUGCUACCCACAGCCGCCUGAGAAGAGUAUUUGGAGUGCUCUUCAGUGUGAUUUGUUUCUUAGCUCCUGUAGUGGUCAUCUUUAGUGUUUACUGUGCCGUGUAUAAGGUUGCUCGCUCAGCGGCUCUGCAGCAAGUCCCAGCUGCGCCAACAUGGGUGAAUGCAUGCCCUGCUAAGGACCGCUCUGACUCCAUCAACAGCCAAACAACCAUGAUCGCCACCACCCGCACUCUGCCUCAAAGACUGUCUCCAGAAAGAGCCUUCAGUGGAGGAAAAGCUGCAAUAACUUUGGUGUUUAUUGUGGGCCAGUUCUUGGUUUGCUGGUUGCCCUACUUCAUUUUCCACGUUCAAAUGUCUCUAACCGGGUCCAUGCAGAGCCCGGGGGACUUAGAGGAAGCCGUAACUUGGCUUGCUUACUCUUCUUUCGCAGUUAACCCAUUCUUCUAUGGCCUCUUAAACAGACAAAUCAGAGAUGAGUUGGUGAAAUUUCGACGUUGCUGCUUGAGCCAGUCCUCAGAGGUUGGAGCGUCCAGCCAGGAGGCUUCAUUUCAGGAAAACUUCCUUCAGUUCAUUCAGAGAACCACCAACACACCUGAAAGACGCUCCUGCUGCUCUAACUCCAGUCCCACGUUAAACCAGGUGAACAUUAUUCCAGGACAAAUUCCAGAGGACCACCCAUAGACGACCUGUACACUCAUUAUAUAAAUGUUUAUAGAAUAUUUAUCCCAUUAUUUGAUAGAAUAGACAUAGCCUUCAUUGUCCCGUAGUAAAAACAGCAUUUAGAUAUUUAGGUUCACACAAAACAGCAAAAGGUAAUGAUAGGCUGUUUAUUUCUUACAUCACUUUGUUGUUUUAAAUGUGCCUAUAUUUAUGCUCUUUACUAACUUGAUUAUUUUCAUUGUUUACUUUUUUAUUUAAAAAAAAAUAAAGAUGGCUAUAUGGUAACACCAAAAUAUUUGCAGUUUCAGUCAAAGGUUUACAUGUACUCGUCACAGUCAUAGCUGUCUUUUUGUGUUUGUUUGUUUCCUACAGUUUUCUUUUUUCAGGGUAGAAAUAUACAAACAGUUUCUAUGAUUCAUUUCAAUAAGUUCUGUCUGCACAGAGGAAAGUUACACCCUUCUUUUUUUAGCUAUCAACAACCUUCUUGUGUAAUUCUGAUGGAAUAGAUGUAUUUUAAGUUGGGCAGCACACACUUGUCUUUUAAUCAUAAGCUACAUAAUGAUGAUUGACCACAAUGCUUGACUUCUCCAAGCAUUGUGGUCAUUGUGGCCAAAUAGGGGAAGUGAAGGCUCCUGUAACUGUGAAAGGUUUUCACACAAAGCAUUUGACUUCCCGUGUGGACAGCCACAGUCUUCAGACAUACUGAAAGAUGUCACUUUUGAACUUUUUAUUUCCUCUUUGUUUACCGCUCGCUUGGUCAAUGGUAAUGUAAAACUGUUUUAGCUGUGGACUUUGACACCAAAGUCCCAGAAUCCUCCAUUUUAUGACGACUAGAGUUAUAGUUUGCUUUUAACUAUAACAAUCCCUUUCUUUGAACUAAGGGUGGUAGCUUGGAUCAGAUUGUUGAAACUGGAGCACAUUUGUGACAAGACAAAGGCCCAAAACAAACAUCAAAACAUUGGAAUGGAUAAAGCAAAUGUUAAGCAGCUGAAAUGAACCCGAGCUAAACCUUGUUUAAAUUGUGCUGGCUUUGUAAAAUGUCUCUUUGCCAAGAAACCCAUUAAUCUAAACUAACCAAGACGAGGGAACAAAAACCCAGCCAAAAAUAUGCCACAAGCUUGUUAAUGGCAACAUAAAAGUGUGUGACUUUGCAGUCACUAGCAAAGGAACUUUUAACCCAACACUAUAUCUAUUUAUAUAUUUGUGUCUGUUCAUCUUAUUUUCACCUUGUCCAAAUUAGUAGAAAAUCCACUGUUAAUUCCAACCUAUAUUUUCAAUGCUGGUUUUGUAAAAAUCUCAUAAAUAUUUUAAGUAUUUCAGAUUGUAAUAAAAAGAAAUCCUGUUUAAAUGGUUAAAAGCACAAACCUGUCAAGGCAUUAAUGACCAAGAUGAAUGUGUGUAAAAUUCAGGCUUCAACUGUUCACUGCAAUUUUCCCUCUUUGAUAUCUGACAUACAUUUCAAAACUGGUCUUAUUUUAAUUGAGAUUAUAGAAAAGCUUCGGUAAAGAUGUACAUUUUUGAAUUAACUGCAAUAAAAAAACAUGUCUGAUUGAUAAUUUAGUUUCAAAAAUUCAUGAUUGUGUCCCAUCUGACUUAACAUUGCCACCAUAAUGACACUAUUGAAUUUCUUGCAUCAUCGGUGAUAUUUAUAAAUAGGAAACAAUAUUCAAGUAGUAGAUGAGGUUCAAAAAGUCUUGAUUAUUGUACUUGUGGUAAAUUUUAUAAUUAAUCUUUUUCGUAUUUCAGGAGAGAAGCCCUCAGGAUAGGUAGGGAUAAUACCUCAAACGUCCUACUUAAAACAAAUAUUAGGUUUUGAUGUCGCUUCUCUCUGUUGCCAUAUAAAAUAAAGUGGACUUUUGAUCCAAGUCAACUCAAAUACAAACUGAGUCAGAUAAAACUCAUUUACAUGUGAGCAAAGAUAGCACGAGUCCCCGUGAAUAUGGACCAACGUAACUUGGACAUGGAUAUGGGAAGGAAGAGGUAGGAAAUCUGCGGUGAAAAUCCUUACUGGGCAUUGAUAAUGCACCGAAGAGAGGUAACAAAGUGCUAUUUUAUGGCUUUUGCUAUUUGUAUUAGCCGGCG